AUGGCUUCGGACGAAAUCCCGGAGCCCUCAUCUGUCAACAUGGGAAAACGACCAGCCCCAGACGAACACGCUCCCGCCGAGAACCAGGGCCUCGACGCCCCAAAGGCUAGCGACGAGCGCCCCAAGAAGAAAGCCGCGACCAAGACCAAAGGCGAGAGGCUUUUCGAUGAAAUCACCAAGACACCCGAGGCGUUUUGGUACGAGCACCGUGGCUGCAUCGACGUUGAUGUGAUUUCUGACUACAUCGCCGCUCACAAGACGUAUGAGAAGAAAUUGCAGAAAUGCACCCAGGACGAGAGCGCCCAGCCGCCGAAAGAACCCACCCUAAGCGAUUAUACCACCGGCGAUACCGUUUCUCAUUGUCUUUGGGAUAUCUUGAAUCAUGAUGAUUCUGAAGAGAUGAAGGCCGCGGUGCCCAAGUUUUCUUUAUACGAUUAA